AUGCGUCGCACUUUUGGAGGGCUUCAGCAGGGUCCUGGUCGAACUUUUUUGAGUUUGGCCAAACAAAGAAAAAUUGAUGAAACAAUUCGAGUUGACCAGGCUGGUGAGGUGGCUGCAGUUCGCAUAUGCAAGCAUCAGCUAUUCUGGAUGUCACCAUUGGAUCCUUCUGUUCCAAUUGUGAAAGAAAUAUUAAAAGAUGAAGUGGUUCAUGAAGAGACUAUGAACAAACUAGCAUCACAACAUUCUGUAAGACUUACAUCCCUAGAUCCAUUCUUUAAUGCAGGGGCUUUUGCUAUGGGAACCCUUACCGCUUUUCUUGGUAAAGAGGCUAUGAUGUGUUGUCAUGCUGCAGUUGAAAUUACCAUAGCUAAUCAUUAUAAUGAUCAACUUAGAGAACUUGAAUCACUUGAAAGAGAAGAAGGGGAGAUAAAAGGUGAGGAUACUGAGGCGUGGAAAAAUGUUAAGGAUGUUAUUGUGAAAUUCAGAAAUGAAGAAGAGCAUCAUCAACACCUGGGAGAAACAAAUGGAGCUGCAGAGGCUCCUGCUUAUCCUUUAUUAUACAAUGGAAUACGGUUUGCUUGUAUGUUUGGUGUUGAAAUGGCCAAAAGGUUUUAG